CAAAUAAAUGUCUUCCUCCCCAGCUUGCUACUUAGUCAUGGUGUUUCACCAGAGUAGUGAUUCUCCUAACUAAGACGCAGGAGACCUGCCUGCCCCUGCCACCUGAAUGCCAAGAUUUCAGGAGCAAACCUACAGAGCUGGCACGUAAACUCACAGUACUUAAUGAUAGUUUUUUGGCUGUGUACUUUUCUCAAGAAGAAGGGCAAAGCAAAGAGUCUGCUCAGCAGACUUUGUAUAGAGAUUGAAUGUUGCAUAAUUGCAGCAGGCUGGUUUCUGUGUGAGGAUCAUUUACAGUGUGUUUAUCUCCUCCUCCGGAUUCCAAGGAAUACUACUCUACAAGUUUCUGAGUUCAGUGUGAAUGAGUCUUACCUGUCACUGGAUAAAAUGAAGUCCUCAGAGGAAAAAGAGAGCAUUGCAUGAUCAUUUGUGUUCUUCAUGUUGGUCCUUUUGGGAGGUAUAAGGUUUCUUUCACUUUUGUUCCAUGAAAGAUUAAGAAAUUCAGGAGUGUUAAAUAUCAACAUCCCCAUCAUUCAGUUCCAUUUCAGCUUGCUAAGUUUGAUUGAUCUAUGAUUGGAAGUGGUAGAACUCAAGUCAAUGCUAACUGCAAAUGCUUACAGAGCAUUUUCAAUAUUCUUCCACUAUACAGAGUUUGGGAGUCAUUUGUAGAUCUAUUUUCUCUACUGCCACUAUAAUGUGUUAGAAAUCCAAAUUGAUUCUGAAGAAUGUUUUUCUUGUAUGGAAGUCUAACUGAUAAGCCAAACCUGCUCCCCUGAGAACCAAAACAAAGAAUCCUGUAAGGUAUAAAGAAAAACUGUAGCAAAAGGACCAUGUAUAUUUUGGAGUUAUUAAGAUUAGUGAGGUGUUCCAGGGACAGUGGAAAUGGAAUGGGAGGAACAUUGUAGAGAUGCCCCAGUAGCAAAUAGUACUUGCUUGUCUUAAAGAGACUCGUGUACAGUUCUCAGCAUCCCCAGCAUGUGUGCCUUUAGUUCCAGGAGAUCUGAAGCCUUCUUUGGACCUCAGCAGGAACCAUGCACAUAUAUAUGUGGUGCAAAGCACUACUACCGAUAACCUAAAAUAAAAACAUACUGAAGAUUUUAAAAGCAAUAAGAAUAAAUGAGACAUGAGAUUUUUUUUUCCAUGUUCUGUUUCUAUAGAAAUGGUUCUGGAAUAUUCUAUGGUAAAUCACCUCAUGAUUUGCCUGUUGUACACAUUACAAAGUUCCUAUGUGAUAAUGCUAGAACAAAAUAUAAUUUAUUUGUGCAUGUGUAUGAAGACAUCCUUAUUCUAUUUGUGCCAUUUUGGGGGUUUAUAUCAAUAUUACAUAAAUUUCAUUACUGCAUUUAAGCAUACUGUGAAAUUAGGAAAAGUAUUGGUUAAAGUUUGUUUCGUGAUUUUUUAACUUUGAAAGCUUUGGUUGUCCCUUUAUAUCCUUUUGUGGUUAGUUUUCCCAUUUCCUGAUAGAUAUAUAUGACAGUAGACUUUGAAAGAAUUGUUUAGUAUCUCUGCAGAAUAUUAAAGUGUCUAUAUGGUCUCCCCAUUGAUUUCUCCUGUUGUUUUUGUUUUUUUUUUUUAAGAUUAUUUAUUUUAUGUAUAAGCUUAUGUAUUUAUCUUAUGUAUAAGCUGUUUUUAGACAUACCAUCAAGAGGACAUGGGAUCCUACUACAAGUGGUUGUGAGCCACAAUGUGGUUGCUAGGAAUUGAAUUCAGGACUUCUGGAAGUCAGGACUUCUGGAAGAGCAGUCAGUGCUCUUAACCACUGAACUAUUCAGCACCUCUCCUGUUGUUUCCUCAUAGUUUCCUGGCAGGAAGCAGGUUGUGUCACCCUAGUUUCCAGUGACUCAGGCCCACUCUAUCUGACCAAGUUUCCUGGCAAGGUCCACUGGCCCAUAGGCCUCUUACUGCUCAUAACCUAUCAUGCUAACUGUUCUUGAUUAGGUUUCAGAACAUGACAUGAGUUCUCUUUCUGAAAUGGAACCUUGAAGCCAAUCAGAAAAUGGUUUACAAUAAGUGCGGUUUUCAUAAAGCAACAUGACCAAGGCAACUUGUAGAAGAAAGGGGUUACUUUGGGGAAUGCUUCCAAAGGAUAAGUAAGAGUCUAUCAUGGCAGGGGGGCCUGACAACAAGUAGCCAUGUUGGUAAGAUCGAAAGCUGAGAGACCACAUCCUCAGCCACAGUUAAGUAAAGAGGGAAAGAAAAACUAAGUGGACUGGGACUAUUUUUUCUCAGAGCCGACCCCCAGUGUCACACACAUAUUUCCUCUUUCCUUCAUGUUUAUCCUUUUGGCAGGUUUUAGCGUCUUUCAUUUUAUUCCAUGAAAAGUUCCUGGUGAUUUCUGAAGAAUCUCCUUUCCAUAUGCAGGUUUCCCCCUGCUCAGCCAGAUCUGCUUACCAGUGAAUCACCUAAGAGCCCUGGGUAGUAAAGAGAGAGGAUGCUGUUGCAAAAGAUGUUAGAGAGCGUGGGGUGGGUCUCAAGUGAUAGUGGAAAGAACAUGAAAUUGGUUUUGCCAGUCUUAUUUUAUUAAUGAUUUUGGAAAUUUUCCCUGAGAAUACUAUUGCAUGUGGUAAUAUGGAUUUCCCUUUAUAGUGUGUACAGUGAACAGUCAGUUGUGCUCAGCAUUUGAUAAUUUUCAGUCUCCAAAAUAACUGUUGCCUGUUGAAAACCAUGUUGUUUUGACCCAGACUGAAAGCAGCACCAGGCUACAGGUGUUAACUGAGCCUUUGACUGGAGCAAAUGUCAGUAGAGGAUUCCCUUCUAGGACUUGUGACUUUCUUUAUUGUUAGUUUUGGCCAGGUUUCCAGUAUAACCAGUGUAUUUUCCCCCUUUGGAGCUUCAGAUUUAAGCCCCUCAGACUGAACCAGAGUGACUUCUGUCACCCACAAAAUAGUCUUUCCACUAUGACACUGUUGGGUAUGCCUUGCCUGGCAGAUUGGGACUGUAGCACACAGAAUCUGAAUCUAGAUCUGCUCUGCUCCUUGCUCCAUCAUUGUCAUACAUUGCGGUGUCCCCCUUUUGUCUCUAGUUCUAAUACAUAUAGGUUCAAUCUUUUAGUUUCAAUUAAGUGAGCAAUGCUUGGCCAGUACUUUAGUCUUUGCACAGAAACAGUUCUGUUAUGUUGAAUCAUUGAAUUUGAGUCUCUAAUUUUAUUAAUUUCUCCAUGGUGUUACUAAUAUCUUUGUACAUCCUAUUUCAGAUUGACUUGUGUUCAACCUUGUAAGUCCUCAGGCACAUAAUUAUUGGGGAACGUCUUUCACAACCAGUACAGUACCUCUUGCUGCCAACCUUUUCACUGUGUCUUUGUCACCCCAUUUCUUUAUGAUCGUCUUUCCUGAGCUGGCCCUCAUCUUGACACUCCAAGAAAGUAUCCUUGGUGCUCCUUGAAUUCUGUCUCACUGAUCAUCGAUUUAUAUCUCCAAAGUAACUAAUUAAGGAACAAUUAAAGGGCAGGAGAUGUGUCUCGGCAGUUAAAGGCAUUUGUUGCUGUUACAGUUUCCAGGUUCAAUUUUCUGUAACUGCCCAGGGAAUUUGCAUCCUUGCAGAGCUCAGGUUCCAGAGCAUCCGUGGCUCUCGUGAGGCUGCUGUAGUCUUUGAGUGCAUGAAGUACAUAGCAGGCAAAAAUACCCCUGCCGAUUAAAUUUAAAGAAAUAAACCUUAUUUUUAAAACAAGACACUAGAAAUAAUCUAAAGGUAUUGCUUAAGGAGCGAAUCACAGUACAGGAGAGAAUAUAGAUGUGCCACUUCUGGUGUGAUAUGGAGCCUGAAUAUCCUGACACCCCAUGGCAACAUUGGAACAGUUAGGUGAUCCCUCUAUGUGAUAAAGCUGUUUGUAUUCACAGAGCCCAGAGCUGGAGAACUUCUUGUGCCCCAUGUAAUGUGGCAAAAGACGUUUCAUCAUAUUGAUAUGUAGUUAGAUACAUACCAAUAAUUUUUAUGAGGAUCCACCCCAAUUGUGGAAGAUUGUGUAAUACAGGAAAGUGCUGUUAUCCAUCAUCCCACCAGCAAAGAAGUCUGCUAUGGAAGGAAAGUGAAUGGUAUCAAAUGGAAUGCUUUUCUUAUUCUAAGGUAUAACCACAGGCCUGCAGAUCUCAAACCACUGAUCAGUCAGGCCUGAUGUAGAAAGGACAUGUUCCCAUUCUAAAUAGUUCAUGAUCAGCAAACAGGAUUGGGCAUAUGCAGUGGUAAGAUAAAUUCAAUCAAUUGCUGCAUGCUAAUUUUCUCCUCAUUCACGCCCAGCAAACUCUUCUUUGAUGUUCAUAUGUCAAAUGCAUUGAAACCAAACACACUGAGUGACAUAAUCAUUGUCACACUCCAGUGCUGUGGUCUACAGUUGAGUUUUAAAGGUCUUGAAGGUCAUACAUAUUCUCUGAUGAAAGGUGGCUGCAUGUCCUAUAUUCCCUGGGAGCUUUUAAAUUUGCUGCAAUUUCAUUUUUAUCUCUACACUGCUGUCGAGUUAUGUGUUGUUCCUGUGACUUCCACUGACCUAUCAUGGAACGCCCUUUAGAAAGGACAGAUCCUAUUUCUAUUGCUGAUCAUUAGCUCCUUCACCUGUUGUUGGCUUCAAAACAAUGAAUUCUCCAUUCCUGUGCACUCUGGAUCCUGCUGGAUAGGAUUAGUGGGGCUCUUGAGUGAUGUCUUUUCCUUCCUCCAUACUGAAGAUUUCUCUAUUUUCUCAUAUUGUACUUUUCAGAAGUAGAGUCUGUUGUCUUUGUAAGACCCGUGUUACACACUAUUACUUUCUUGUGGAACUAUAAGGGCUAUUAUCAUAGAGGAAGACCAUAACAGCCAGGAACUGAAGGGUUUCACUGGAGUCAUGUUUAUUACUGAUUUGUAACCUAAGAACUGCCCAGAACAAUACUCAGACACAGCUAUAUGCAUGUUCAGGAAUAUGUUUCCAAAAUUGAUCAGAGCAUUCCGUGAAAUGAUUCACAUUAUUUUUCUAUACAUUCUCUUUCUCCUAACAGCUAUGAGGUAGUUUCUUCCAUGCCUCCUUCAUGAUUCUGCCUUGGCCUUGCAUAGACUAGUUGUUUUCAACCCGUGGAAGGUAAAUUGACCCUGAUCUAAAGCCAUCAUAAAACAAAUAUUCUUAUGGCUUCAGGAACUGAUCCUCCACUCUUUUAUCAAUCUCCAGGUAGAUCUGCUCUCAUGCAGAUAUAUACAUUUAUGAGUACCUAUAACUGUGUUAAAAAGUCACAACAUUAGAAAGAUGGAGAACCACUGGCUUAGAACAUUAAGCACAUGAACAUUCCAUUUAAAGACAUGUGCGGCCUGAAUUGUAAUAUUCUAUCUCUCAAUGCAUUGAUGUGGAUUUUAGGUGAUCGACAUUCUCACACAAUGAUGUGCAUGUGACUUAGAAAACAGAUCCACAUGGAUUAGAUGAAUAAGUUAAAAAGACACAUUUUACCUCAGUUUGAAUGUAAAGCUUUUGUAGAUAAUGAUGAAAAUUGCUGUAAUUAGAUCUUAUAACAAUUAUUUUGAGGGGAAAAAAAACCAUGGUAUUUGGCAAAGGAUCUAUCACUAAUCCAAUACAAUAGGGUACGUAUGGAAAAGAAAUGUAGUAUAUCUACAAGGUAGAAUGAAAUGAAAUGUGACUGAAAAAUCAGAUACUGUUUUCUAGUAUGAUGGCUAAUGAGAUUCCAUUUUAUUUUAGGUACCCACCAGCCAUUUGGCUAUGACUCCAGUCCCUGGAAGAUAAGUUCCUAAAACUUGGAAAAGAGGAAUAAGAAGAAUGAAUGCUUCUUUGGUAGCUGCUCCCCAGGAUCUGUUAACAUUCAAGGAUGUGGCUGUGGACUUCUCACAACAGGAAUGGGAGUGUCUUGACUGUGCUCAGAGGGCAUUGUACAUGGAUGUGAUGUUGGAGAAUUACAACAAUCUACUCUUUGUGGAGAAUAAUGGUGUAUGUGUCAAACAUGAUGAAGGCACAAAGUAUAGUGCCCCAAAGCAUGUGAAUAUUCAAGAGAAGUCUAACAAAUGGAAUGAACGUGGCAAGAUGAUUCAGGAAUCCUCCAAAAGUACACCUUAUCAAGCUAACAACAGAACUGCCUCCAUUGAAUCAUCAAACAGACACAAAACUGAGAAUGCCAGAAAACCAUGCAAAUAUAAAGACUGUGUGAACAGCUUAAAUAUGUAUUCCAUCACUAGUCAACAUCAAACAGUGUACCUAGAAAUGAAAGAACACAACAAAACACAGUAUGAUAAAAUUUUCCUCUCUAAAUAUAAACUCAUGCAAAAAGGAAACAAUAGUGGAAUGAAACCACACAAGUGCAGGAAGUCUGGAAAAUUCUUCAUGAUGUACUCAAGCCUGAGUAGGCAUCAGAGAGCUCAUACUAGAGAGAAGUACUAUAAAUGUACAAAAUGUAGUAAAUCAUUUUUGUAUUUGUCACACCUCAAACUACAUUACACAAUCCAUUAUGGAGGAUAUCCCUACAAAUGUACAGAAUGUGGUAAGUGCUUUUAUCAUGUAUCUGACUUUGAAAGACAUUAUAGAAUCCACACUGGAAAGAAUACUUACAAGUGUAGUUUUUGUGGCAAAUCCUUUAUCCGCUGCUCAGGUCUUAGAAAACAUCAGAAAGUUCAUGAAGAAAUGAGGCUUUUUGAAUGUAACCAAGGUACUAGGUCAUUCUGUACAUUUCCCUACCGUGAAUACCAUCCCAGUACUGAUAUAAGAAAGAAAUGUUACAGAUGUAAAGAAUGUGGCAAAUCCCUUUCCACAUCCUCAGGACUUAAAAUACAUCAGAGAAUUCAUACCGGAGAGAAACCUUACAAAUGUAGUGACUGUGACAAGUCUUUUACACAGAAGAGCAAUCUUAGAAUGCAUCGGAAAAUUCAUACAGGAGAGAAUACUUAUAAAUGCAGUGAAUGCAGCAAAUGCUUUACCCAGAAAUGCCUUCUUAGAACUCAUCAGAGAACUCAUUCAGGAGAAAAACCUUACAAAUGUGGUGAAUGUGGCAAAGCCUUUGCUGGUGUCUCAUAUCUUAGAAGUCAUCAGAGAAUUCAUUCAGGAAAGAAACCUUACAAAUGUAGUGAGUGUGACAAAUCCUUUAACCGGAAAGACCAUCUUAGAAUUCAUCAGAGAAUUCAUACAGGAGAGAAACCUUAUAAAUGUAGUGAAUGUGACAAAUGCUUUACCCAGAAAGGCAGUGUUAAAAUUCAUCUGCGAAUUCAUACAGGAGAGAAACCUUACAAAUGUGGUAAAUGUGAUAAAUCUUUUACCAAGAAAGACUGUCUUGUAAUUCAUCAGAUAAUUCAUACAGGAGAAGAACCUUAUAAAUGUAGUGAAUGUGACAAAUCCUUUAACCGGAAAGACGAUCUUAGAACUCAUCAGAAAUUUCAUACAGGAGAGAGAAUUUACAAAUGUAGUGAAUGUGAUGAAUCCUUUACCCAGAAAGUCAAUCUAAGAAUUCAUCAGAAAAUUCAUACAGGAGACAAGACUUACAAAUGUAAUGCAUGUGACAAAUCCUUUAAUCGAAGAAACCAUCUUAGAACUCAUGAGAGAAUUCAUGCAGGAGAAAAGCCUUACAGUUAUAUGGAAUUUGAAAAUUCCUUUACCCAGAAUGGCUCUCUUAGGAUUCAUCAGAAACUUCAUUCAAGAAAGAAACUUUACAAAUGCAAUGAAUGUGACAAAUCCUUUACUAGCAGCUCAUAUGUUAGAAUACAUCAGAGAAUUCAUUCAGGAGAGAAACCUUACAAAUGUAAUGAGUGUGACAAAUCCUUCACUAGUGGCUCAUAUCUUAAAAUGCACCAAAGAAUUCAUACAGGAGACAGACCAUACAAAUGUGGUGAAUGUGAUAAAUGCUUUACUCAGAAAUGCAGUCUUAGAAUUCACCAGAGAAGUCAUACAGGAGAGAAACCUUACAAAUGUAGUAAUUGUGACAGAUCCUUUACAAGUGGCUCUUAUCUUAGAAUACAUCAGAGAAUUCAUAGAGGUGAGAAACCUUAUAAAUGUAGUGAAUGUGACAAAUCCUUUACCCAGAAAGGCUAUCUUAGAAUUCAUCAAAGAAUCCAUAAAGGAGAAAAACCUUACAAAGGUAGUAAAUGCGAAAAAUCCUUUACCCUGAAUCCUUAACUUGUGCAACUUUUCAGUGAAUUCAUGUAGGAGAAAAACCUUAAAUGUAGGGAAUGUAACAAAUCCCUUCACAGGAAAAACUGUCUUAGAACUUACCAGAAACUUCAUACAGGAAAUACACAAAUUAUAGUGAUAAAUCUUUUACCUAGAAAAGCUGUCUUAGAUUCAUCAGAGACUUCAUUCAAGAAAGAAACUUUAUAAAUGCAGUGAAUGUGACAAAUCCUUUACCAAGACAAACUAUCUUAGACCUUGUAAGAGAAAAAAAAACAGGAGAGAAAUUUUACAAAUUUGGUGAAUACACAAAUCCUUAGCUAUUGGCACAUCUCUUAGAAUACAUCAGAGAAUCCGUACAGGAGAGAAACUUUAUAGGUGGAGUGUAUGAGAAAUUUUUACCCAUAUCUCAUGUCUUAAAAAAAAUCUGAAAAUUCAUAAUGGGAGAAAGUAUACUUAAGAAUUCAUGUCCUUUAUGAAAGCAUAAUCCUUCAUGACAUUUGAGCCUCCACACUAGAGAAUUAUUAUGAACAUAAGAAAUUUGUAAAAACCUUGAGUAAUGUUCAAGUCUUAGAAAAUACCAAGAGUUUAUGCUGAGGGAAAAACUGACAAAUGUGACAAUGUAGGAAAUUUUUUAUUUAACCUUUUAACUUGUUAAACUUCAUACUUUGUUUGACUUUUAGUCAGUCUUUCAACUUUGCUCAAACUUUAUUAAACUUCUUCAUCCUCAAAUAAUUCAUAAUGAGGACAAAAUGGAGAAGCCAGAAGAAUAUGGUGUUGUGUACCAGUUUUCUGCAGACUGAAAUGAUCCAUUCUGAGGGGAUUGUGAUUAAGGCAGUAAAUCCAUACCUCAAAAUAGCUUCAAAAAAAAUCCCUGAAAGUAACAGCAUUGUCUGUUUAAGUCAAACAAUGAAAUCCAGACAAAUUAUACUUUUUAAAAGAGGAUUUGACAAAGUGCCACCAAAAUAGGAUACAUUUACUAAAUGAAUUAUUACUCAUUAGUUUUUCCAUCUGAGAUGUAUAUUUAGUAUAAUUUAAAUAGUGUAUUCAGAGAUGUGUAAUCAUAUGCUAAAUUGUUGAUGUUACCCCUUGUGUUGUAAAAAAAAAAAUAACUGCACUAUGUAUGCUGUGAGAAUAUCAGGCUAUACUAAAUUUAUUGAUGAAAAAUUCAGUAUACAUUAGGACAAAAUUCAAAACCAUCUUUUAAGCAAUUCUGAUUAGUCAAUUGUGUUAGAAAAAUUUACUCUAAUUUUCUUAUAUCUCCUGGGUUCAUCCAAGCACUAUCCACAUUGAUGAAUUGUUAGAUUACCUUGGUCUUAUUUCUUUUUGCUGGGUAUAUAUUUCAGUGUGCUGCCCUGUCUGUGUCAGAACUCCCAAUGUAGUCCAAGCCUGGACUUAUAUGGUAUCUACCUCUCUCUGCCCCCUGGAUGCUAGGAUUAAAGCACUGUACAGAAUUUGAUGGCAGUCCUUACCAUUGUGCACUUCAUUGAGUAGAAAUGGUAAUGCCUAGACCCUGAUUACUGUGCUUUGUACAUAGAUUGGAUGUUGAAGAAUUGCAGUAGCCUGAUUUGUGUGAAUGCAAAUAGUGUACUGCACUCUGUAUUGAGCCUUGGGGUUCUAGUGAAAACAUCAAAUUUGUGAUUUCUCUAGGAAUGAGUCACACAUCUCACAGAGAAAAAGAACUUCAUUGUAGAAAUAAACAUUGUAUGGUACUUUUUAUUCUUCAUGUUGGUCCUUUAGGCAGCUAUAAGGAUUCUUUUAUUUUUGUUUUGCGAUAAAUUAAGAAACUCAGGAGUGUAAAAUAGUCAUCCCAUUUAUUCUGCUCCAUGCCAGUGCUGGAGUUUCCAUUGAUCUGUGAGUAGGAAUGGUGGAAAUCAACUUAUGCUACCUAAAAACUUUCCUUAAGGAGUUAUUGCUGUGACAUUGCAUUAUAGUUGAGUCUUUUGUAAAAUAUCUUCUAUUUAGUCUUCGCUUUAUUUACAGAGCACAGUACUGUGUUAGAAAUCCUAGGUGUUUUGAAAAGUCUCUUUCCCAUAGCUUGGACUGACUGAAACAGAACAAAGAGACCUGGAAUAUAUACAGAACUGAUAAAGUUUAAAUGAUAUCAGAUAUUCUGCAGAAAAUUGAGGUAAGAGUAAUGGAAGAUUCAAAUGAUAUUGGAAAUAGAAUGGUGAAAUGAGUUGGCUCAGCAGCAGAUAACACUUGCUUUUCUUAAAGAGGGCAUGGGUACACUUCCUACCACCAGCACAGUGGCUGACAAACUUCAUAAUUUUAAUUACAGUAGAUCAGGUGCUUUCUUUCUGGCCUCAGUACAUACCAGCCAAAAGUAAGCUACAUGCAUACAUGUUACAAGACAUUGGUACACAGAAGCUAAAGUAAAUAAUCUAAUGAACAUUUUAAAGACAAAAAUGUGCAAAUGGGAAAUGAAAUUUUGACUUUCUAUAUUCUGUUUCUCUAGAAAUUAAUCUAGAAUCUACUGUAAUGUCAAGAUUAACCUAUUGUGUAUUUUACUGAUUUUAUCUAAGCAUAAUAGGGGAAAAUAUAAAUUAUGUGACUAUGCAUAUGUCCCAUGUGUUCGUAUAUAUCAUAUGAAGUUCAUUGCUUUCAUUUUAGGAUCCUUGUAAAACUAGAAAUAUUUCUGCCUCUAACUUUUUCCCCUAAUCUAAUGUUGAUUGUUUCUGUGUUCUUUUAAUAUCUAUUUCUUUUGUGAUCAGCUUUUUUUUCAUUUCCUAGUAUAAUACCAGCAGGACUUUGGUUAAAAUUGCUUAGUAUGUUUACACAGUAUUAUACUUUGUCUAUAUUGUCUUCCCAUUGAUAUAUCUUGUCUUCUGUCUUCACACCAUUACUCUAUGGUAUCCUUCACAAUAAUUGUAAGAGAAUUUGGAUCUUGGUUCAAGAAGGUUUUUGAAUUCUUGCAGCUUUCCAGAAUUUUGAUAUCUUUCUAGUAUUGAUUUGUUCAUUUUGCAGUAAUUGCCCAUUCCUCUUGAAACAAUUUGAUUACAAACUUUAGGGAAGUGAAAACUCUUACUGAUUGUGCUCCUAUACUUUAAUGAGAAUUUGGUAGGGGUUUCUCAGUGUUGACAUGUUGUACAUUUAUUUUUCUUGUUUUGUUGCUAUUUCUGUGCAUGGGAUCAGUGAAUAACUACUCAUUUCAAAAAUCUACUACAAUUAGUCAUAUUAUCCAAAAGCAUAUAUGUGUUGAAGUUAAUUUUAUGUGAACUUUUGCCUGUUUGAUUUUUGAAGUUACACACUGACUUGGAUGGUGACUGCAGUAAGUUAGUAGUGUGUGUCUCAGUUCUUUUAUUUACAUUUUCUGCAGGAUUGAUUCUUUUUUAGUAUAGUUUGUAUGGACAAUGACAAGGCAGAGAGGGAUCUUGAGUUACACUCUCUUCUGUGGCCAAAAGUUACUGACUUAUGGCAACUAACUAUUAUUUUAGCCUGCAGGGAAUUAAGAAGUUGGUUACUUGGGUUCUUUGUUCUUUGACUUGUAUACCUUUCUUGACUCACUUGAGAGGCCCAGACUUUAACUC